UUACAUUUAAUAAUCUAUAUGAAUUAAAAACACAUAUUAAUUACUUUUCUUUUUUCAGUGCACUGGUAGUUGUAUCAGUGCAAUGGUAUUAGUGUACAAGUGUAAUGGUAGAUGUAUUAGUGCAAUGGUAGUUCCAAAAAAAGGAACGUAAUUAAUAUGAGUUCAGUAUAUAGGUGCAAUGGUAGUUGUAUCGGUGCAGUGGUAGUUAAAAAAAGAAUGUAAUUAAGAUGAGUUUUUAAUUUCCAAAGAUUAUUAAAUGCAACACGAAUUUAAUACAAAAAAUAACUAUAAUUAAUAGGGUGUCAUUUUUCCAACCGAUUAAGUACAAAACAAAUAAGGAUUGUGAGAGAGUGGGUGAAGUUAAUAAUCUUGUAUAAUAAUGAAGUUAGCAAUUGAAUUAAUAAUUAAUGUUAUUUUGUGUUGGAAACUUAACCAUCAGGCAAAUAUUUAAGGGUUAAUACCUUAUUUUGGCCUAAACUAUGACCAUAUAGUCAACUUUGGUCCGUGGUUUCAUAAAUUAACAUCCUGACCUCAACUUUGUAACAUAUAGACUCAAUUGGCCUGACACAGAGUUUUACAGUCAAUUUGGAUGGUCAACACCAUUGACCGUUAGUCAACACGCCAUGUCAUUGUCUCGUCAGUCUAAAAAUCAUUAAAUAAUUCUAAUUAUUUUUCUAAUUUUUAUUAUUUAUUAUCAAAUUAACCAAAAAUAAAUUAUAAAAAAAUAAAUUUUUUUGGGUAAUUUGAAAACGAUAAAUUUUAUAAAUUAACAAAAAAUAUCAAAUUAUUUAUAUUAUAAAAAUUAUCCAAGAAAAUAAUUUAUAUAAUUUAUAUCAUAUUUACUAAAUUUAUAAAAUUUAAUUCGAUAAUUUUUGGUUAAUUUAUAAAAUACAUAAUUUUCAAAUAUGCAAAAAUAAAAUCUAUAUUUUAUUUUAUAUUUUUAAAAUUUUAUUUUUUGGUUAAUUAGAAAAUGAUAUAUAAUCGAAAUUAGGAAAAUAAUUUGAAUUUGAAUUUUUUUAAUAAUUUUUAGGCUGACAUGGCGUGUUGACUAACGGUCAACCCCGUUGACCGUCCAAAUUGACGGUCAAACCAUGUGUCGGGCCAAUUGAGUUUAUAUGUUGUAUAGUUGAGGUCAGGAUGUUAAUUUCUGAAGCCACGUGCCAAAGUUAAUUAUAUGGUCAUAGUUCGGGCUAAAAUAAGGUAUUAACCCAAUAUUUAAAAAAGAAGAAAAAUAAGAACAUGCAUGUGUGUUAUUCAUUCCCUCUUCUUUCUCUCCAAUUUGGAGGAGUGAGUUGAAUAAUAACAAGAGGGGAUAACUUUCCUUCCUUACUCACUUUCCCUCCAUAAAUGAACAAGGGAAAAUGCAUUGGGAUUCUCACUUUCCCUCCUUAAUUUUCCUCUUCCUCAUUUUCUCUCCUUAAAAAACAUAGUCAAUUUGGGUUACGGGUCGGGUUGAUCGUACGGGUUAAUCGGGUCGGAUUCCGUUUUGACAUAGCAGAGACUAAUUGGACCCUUUUGCAUUUAUUUUUUUUGUACGUUUUAUGGGCUUUCCUAGCCCAGCCUCGUAGCACCCUCUUGGGCCCUUUAUUGUUAAUGGACGUUCGAAUCGGCGAAGUAAGAGGACGGACCGAGUUCUUAUACCUAUAAAAAGCCUGUUAUCUUAUAAGACGAGGAUUUCCCUCAAAAACCCUAGCAGCCGAGCGUUAACCUCCCUGAACUUCUCGCCCUCGAUUUCUGCAGCGCAGCAGAGCCAUGACGUUCAAGCGCAGGAACGGAGGUCGCAACAAGCACGGCCGCGGCCAUGUCAAGUUCAUCCGCUGCUCCAACUGCGGCAAAUGCUGCCCUAAGGAUAAGGCAAUCAAGAGAUUCCUUGUGAGGAACAUCGUUGAGCAAGCUGCAGUCAGGGAUGUUCAGGAGGCUUGCGUCUAUGACGGAUAUGUUCUCCCGAAGCUGUAUGUGAAGAUGCAGUACUGCGUCUCCUGUGCCAUUCACUCCCGUGUUGUGAGGGUGCGAUCCCGCACUGAGCGUAGGAAGCGUGACCCACCACAGCGCUUCCAGAGGCGCAAGGAGGAUGCUAAGCCUGGUCAAGGUGGUCCUGGUGGCCCCGGAGCUCGCCCUGCUGGUCCUCCAGUUGCUGCCCGAACUUGAAAGAUGAAAGUCAUGUCCCUGAUUUUCUGUUUUAUGAAAUUCCUUAAUGUCAAGAGCUUUUAAGUAUGGAUGGAUGUGUAGCUCGUUUUGUUAUCGACUUUAGCCAUGUUAUGGAUCAAACAUCAAGUCCUUGAAAGUUUUGAUUAAUGAGGUUGCAGUUUUGUUUUGAUUCUUACUACAUAAUUGAGGUUGCAGUUUGGUUAUGAUCAAGAAUGGUUGUUAGUUCAUUGGUCCCUUCGUUGCUCCUAUCAUCGGUCAUACGGUAUAUGGGUUUACAUUCCUAUAGUUUCCCUCCAACAUGUAUUGUCAAGUGAUCUAUUUCUUGGCUCGUUGUUGCAUUAGUUAGUUUCCUCCUAGCUUUCCGUUGCUGUAUUUUUUGAGGAACAGUCGUGACGUGCUAUCCAACCUUCAGUGCUAGGCUUGUCAAGUCAUGAUUUUGCCCGUAGGGUUUGCACUUUUGCUUCUUUGAUUGCUCCUUGGAGUGUGCUUAUGAAUACUUUACCCCAGUUCUAGCGUCUCUUUUGUUGAAUUCACCAUGCAAGCUUUUUUCUCUCAUGUUUAUCAGUAGAUAGCUCAAAUACGGGCAGACAUAUACAAGUAAUCACAGACUCGGUAUAUGAUAUCUUAGGGCUAGUGAUUCAGCAAUAAAGGAUCACACACUGAGUAUACCCUACGCAUAGCUGAUAGCACCGUGGAAAAUGUAGGAUCCUAAAUAGACGGAACAUGGGAAUUAGAAGUGGUCUGCUUCAUGGAUUUAGAUGAUGGACUUGGUAACCAAAUUCAAUCGAUAAUGGAUCUAAAGGAAAUCCAUUAUUUGGUUGAACAAUUUUAUGAGUUCAAAUCCGUGAAUCAUAUGGAUUAGUAAAUCCCACAUCAACAUAUGAGAUUUCGAACAUGUCAUAAAUCCAUGAUGACAUUUUUCUCAUGUACCAUUGUCCUCACACGUACCUUAUAAUUAACCAAUUAAUUAAAAACAAAGAAGCUAACGAACCUAGCUCUCUUAACCGCUUGGCUAAGGAUUGCAACAAUCAGCUAGGAGGCCUAGCUCUAUUAAUCAAACAAACGGGAAACCCCUAAAUCUCUUAGUUGACCAGUUAAGGAUUGUGGCAUUAAGUUAGUAGACUAACUCUCUUCACCUUUCGGCUAAGGAUGAUAACAAUAGGAUAGACGAUCUAGCCCUCUUAACUAAUCAACUAAGAGUUGCAAGACCCAACCCUCGGAAGUUAAUCCGGAUGGCGGAGAGUGACCAACCAUGAUGGGAUCAUGAUACUACUUUGAUACUUGAGGAUUUGGCCCUAUAUUAACCCAAAAAGGGGUUACCCAAGUGGCUAGGAGAUCAAGCUCCCUAUGGGCCAAAGGGGGGCCCACCUUCUAGGUUGAUUUGACCCAAUAAUGAGAUAAAUCAAGCAACACCCAAUCAUUCAUGAUUAAUACCUCAAAUAUUACUAGCACAGGACCCGGCCCGUUGGCCGGAAGAAUUUUGUCGAGAAAUAUGAUAUACAAUAAUGGAUAUAUAAUAGAGGAUUUGAAAUGCACAAAAUGAUUGUUUUCUAACUUAGUUAUCCACAUAACAUUUUUGAAAGUGAUCCAACUAUGCAUAAUAUGUCUAGACCUCCAUGAAAAGAGAAAAAUAUAAUAUAAGCAUUACUUAUAAUUAUUGAAUAAAAAAAGAAAUAAAUAUAACUAAUUGUCAUCCAUUACUUAAUUAAACCAUAUAAUUUAAUAUUAGAUUUGUUUCUCAUAAUACAUACAUAAUCAACCUUUAAGAUGAAAGAAAAUGUCUUUCAUAGAGUUUAGUAUGUCCUUUAUAGUACUCAUUAAGUUGAUGAAUGAGCAAGGGUAUAAGUAACAUACAUCUAUUUUAAAAAUAUAGAAGUUGCAAAGUGUCUUUUGGGUUGAAUGAGAUCGCAUAUUCUCAUUAUCGCUAACUAAUUUAUGUUUUUUUGCAAUAGAUAGUUCAAAAUGUG